UCCCAGAACGAAGCGCGCGUUGUUCUGCCGCAUUUUAUGUCUUCUGAAAGUCAGAGGCUGAAGAGGGACCCGAAUUCAACUGAGGCUUUCUUUCAAACUGUGGAAACGUUGAAGAAGAAUUGAAGGAGGCAAAGAAAUAAAACCGGCAUUUAACAGCUUAAGGUCGCGCCCAUGCCGCAGCACCGUUUCCACUCCGCUUGAAGAGGAAUUCGGCGAUCAAAGGGAUGAACGAGGGUCGCUCCGCUACGACCCUCCUGAGAAGGUGCCGCCUCGCCCGCUCCAAGGCCGACGGCGUCGGCGCCGCCCUCCCCGGCGAAGCCGACGGCGAUGUCGCGCAGGCUGACAACGAAGGGAAAUUCUCGGCGGAGUUUUCAGACUUGUUCGAGAGUGCGGACGGCUCCCCGUCUCCUCAGGACCCGGGUCGGGAUUCGGCCCAGGAGCCGGUCCGGCCCGGGCAGCCCGCGGAUGGGAGACAAAACCUGCGGAUGAAGUUCCAAGGUGCUUUCAAAAAGGGCCUUUCCGACCCCGUGGAUCGACUGGAAUCCACCAUGUAUGAAUCAAAUGUGGUUCCAGGUCCAAAGAAAGCGCCCAUGGAUUCCCUUUUUGACUACGGCACCUACAGGAACACAAGUAACCAGAAACGACGCAGGAAGAAGCUGCCAAGAGGUAAACCAGAGACAUCCAACGAGGACGCUCCAAGCGAGGAGCUGCCAAAGGUCAUGAAAGUAUUCAACCGCUCUCUCCUCUUUGAAUGCGUGUCGCGCGGCGAUCCCGAUGCCUUGGAGGGCUUGUCGGAGUACUUGCAAAGCAACGAGAAGAGGCUGACGGACGAGGAGUUCAAAGAACCGUCCACUGGUAAGACAUGUCUUCCUAAAGCCCUGUUGAACCUCUACAGCGGGCACAACGACACCAUCCCGCUGCUGGUGGACAUCGCAGAGCAGACGGGAAGCCUGAGAGAGUUUGUUAACACGCCUUUCCGGGACGUCUACUACAGAGGCCAGACGGCGCUCCACAUCGCCAUCGAGCGUCGCUGUAAGCAGUACGUGGAACUUCUGGUGGAGAAAGGAGCCGAUGUUCACGCGCAGGCCAGGGGACGCUUCUUCCAGCCAAGGGACGAGGGCGGCUACUUCUACUUCGGCGAGUUGCCUCUCUCCCUGGCCGCAUGCACCAACCAACCUAACAUCGUGCACUACCUGACCGAGAAUCCCCACAAGAAGGUCGACCUGCGGCGCCAAGAUUCCCGCGGCAACACCGUCCUGCACGCCCUGGUGCACAUUGCCGACAACACCAAGGACAACACCCGUUUCCUCACAAAGAUGUAUGACCUGCUACUGAUCAAGAGCGCCAAACUGUACCCAGACUGCAGCCUGGAGAGCGUGCUCAAUAAUGACGGCAUGUCACCGCUCAUGAUGGCGGCCAAACUGGGCAAGAUCGGGGUUUUCCAACACAUCAUUCGACGUGAGAUCAAAGAUGAGGACGUCCGUCAUCUGUCGCGCAAGUUUAAGGACUGGGCUUACGGGCCAGUGUACUCCUCCCUAUAUGAUCUGUCGUCAUUGGACAACUGUGGAGGUGAACCAUCCGUGCUGGAGAUCCUCGUCUAUAACAGUCACAGUGAGAUCCGUCAUGAGAUGCUGGCGGUGGAGCCCAUCAACGAACUGCUGCGGGCCAAGUGGCAGAAGUUUGCCGCGGUGACCUUUUACAUCAACGUGGUUUCCUACCUCUUCAACAUGAUCGUCUUCACCCUGGUGGCUUAUUACCACCCGACGCAGGGAACGCCCCCGUACCCUUACGCAACAUCCAGCGACUACCUCCGGAUGGCAGGGGAGGUCAUCACGUUAGUAUCCGGAAUCUUCUUCCUCCUGACCAACAUUAAGGACCUCUUCUUGAAGAAGUGCCCUGGGGUGAAGUCGCUACUUAUCGAUGGAUCCUUCCAACUGCUGUAUUUCAUUUACUCGAUACUGAUCAUAGUCACAGCUGCGCUCUACCUGUCUGGCAUUGAGGCUUAUGUGUCCGUGAUGGUCUUUGCGCUUGUCCUGGGCUGGAUGAACACACUUUACUUCACCAGAGGCCUCAAGCUCACUGGCACCUACAGCAUCAUGAUACAGAAGAUCCUCUUCAAAGACCUGUUCAGGUUUCUGCUGGUGUACGUACUCUUCAUGAUCGGCUACGCAUCAGCCCUGGUAUCGCUCCUGACCGCGUGCCCCCCCCCGGGCGCGGACUGCGACGGAGGCUGCCCGACGUACCCCAAGUGCAGGGACCCCGACACCUUCAGCACCUUCUUGCUGGACCUCUUUAAGCUGACCAUUGGGAUGGGAGAGCUGGACAUGAUCCACAGCGCUCAAUACCCGGCGGUUUUCCUCAUCCUGCUAGUGACGUACAUCAUCCUGACCUUUGUGCUGCUGCUCAACAUGUUGAUCGCCUUGAUGGGGGAGACGGUGGGCCAGGUGUCGAAGGAGAGCAAAAAGAUCUGGAAGCUGCAGUGGGCAACGACCAUCUUGGACAUCGAACGCUCGUUCCCGGUUUGCAUUCGCAAGUCAUUUCGAGUGGGCGAGAUGGUCACAGUGGGGAAGAACUGGGAUGGAACGCCUGACCGACGAUGGUGCUUCAGACCGCUGGUCCGCCGUGGUCCCACGGGUGGUGGAGUUAAGUCGGGGUCCGCGGCCUCGCGAUCUAGUGAUCGAGAUGGAGCCCCUGACGCCCCGGCGCUGACGGCAGACGGCAGAGGCUCGAGUGCAGGAGGAGCUCGCCCGCGCUGUGAGGUCGCAUGUGAGGUCGCGGGUGUUUCGCGGGGACCUCGUGCUCAAUAUUAUUGCCGGACAGCCAAUGGGAUUAUAAGGAGCCCUCAUAAACCGGACGCCGGAUGCGCAACAUGUCCGAUAAUCUACUCAUCAAAGCAAGGAUAUGUCAUAAACAUUUGACUGCAUUUGACUCGGGGAUUUGAGACAGUCGCAGUCGUGACUUGCGCUUACACAAUCAUAAUUGCUGUACAGUGCCAAUGUUGAGAAAUAAACAACCUCAGCGGGAAGAAAAUACAGCAAUAAAUAUUGCUACACAUCCUAUUUUAGUGACCAGUGAGUGUCUAUGUGCUGGUUGUCGUAUAUUUCGAUACGGCAGAUGCAAUUCAAUUGUUUGAGUUGUUUGGGCUGCCGGCUCAGGCAGGCGGCUUAUAUUGAAACAAAACAAUGCACUGUGCUCUUUCCUAAUAUGGGUCUCAUUGUCGCAAAACAAAGACAUUGUUCUGCAAAACCAAAAUGGGCCUGACGAGCAAGGUUACAGUUGUCAAGCAAGCAAUUAGCGUUCCGUCUUUUGAAUUUGCAGAGUUAUUGUUCCUCGCAGCUGCGGGAUAUUUGCAUCAUCGAUGCGGAGGCCUUGCCUCUGUUUGCUUGAGUAUUUAUCGAGGCGUUUGGCUCCUUGCCCCGCACAACAUCCUGUUUUUGGGCUUCCUGUUUUUUUUUAUAUAUGUGCUGCAUAAACAUUACAUGCCCAUAUUUGAGUUUGAGCUAUGUAUCGAGCGUUCAUUUUCAUUGAUGCUUGAUAUCCGAAGGUCACGGGUCACAUUUCACUAUGUUUACAUACGUGCUACAUCUAUAAUUUUUUUGUACAGUUGAUAAUUGCUUCCAAAGAACAAUAAACAGAACAUUU